CCCUCCCUCUCCUGAGAUGUCAGGAAGGAGGGGGCCACCUGCGUCCCCCACAGGGGCCCCCCGGAGCCUGGGGGCCCCCAACCCCGGAGCUCGGAGGCGGAGGAGGUGCUGACAGGUGCUCAGCGAGAUGCUCCCCCACCCCUCAGGCUCCCUCCCCAUCCUCCUACUUUUCCUCCUCCCCAGUGUCCCAAUGGAGCCCCACGCCUCACCCUCACCCCUGCCCCCAUUUCCAGUCCCCGAGUGGGACCUCUUGUCCCCCCGAGUAGCCCUGUCCAGGGGUACCCCCGCUGGGCCCCCUCUGCUCUUCCUGCUGGAGGCUGGAGCCUUUGGGGAGCCAGCUGGCAGCCCGGCCAACCGCAGUCGGCGGGGGGUGAGUGAGACAGCACCAGCGAGUCGCCGCGGAGAGCUGGCUGUGUGUGACGCAGUCAGCGGCUGGGUGACAGACCGCCGGACUGCUGUGGACCUGCGUGGGCGCGAGGUGGAGGUGCUGGGCGAGGUGCCUGCGGCUGGUGGCAGUCCCCUUCGCCAGUACUUCUUUGAAACCCGCUGCAAGGCUGACAGCGCUGGGGAAGGUGGCCCCGGUGGGGGUGGAGGAGGCUGCCGGGGUGUGGACCGGAGGCACUGGGUGUCUGAGUGUAAGGCCAAGCAGUCCUACGUGCGGGCAUUGACUACCGAUGCCCAGGGCCGUGUGGGCUGGCGAUGGAUUCGAAUUGACACUGCCUGUGUCUGCACGCUCCUCAGCCGGACUGGCCGGGCCUGA